GUGCGUGGACAACUUGUUCAACAGUUCGUCGCCUUCUUUCAUUCGAUCUGCUUCAUUGGGAGUGGAAGAGAUGAAGUCUUCUUUGAGGAAGCUGAGAGGAUUCGCCCUCCACAAGAGUGCCGAUCUAAAGGAGAAGAGGGACCAUGGAAUCCCUGCUCGCCAAGACGAGCUCCUACAGGCCUCUCAGAAAUUGUUGCUGGUGAAUUCUUACAGACAUGUGCGGAGCUUUAGCCAUCAUAUCUAUCCAGGCAUCACUGCUCAAGCCUGCUCAAGCUCAGGAAGGGAACUUAGCGGAUUUCUUCCAAGGGUCUCCCAAUACCAACUAUGGAGUCGAUCAUUUUCUUCUGAUAAGGGUGACUUGGUAGAGGCAGUUGUCCCAUUCAUGGGUGAAUCUAUUACUGAUGGGACCUUAGCUACUUUUUUGAAGAAACCUGGUGAUAGGGUUGCGGUUGAUGAGCCAAUUGCUCAGGUUGAAACUGACAAGGUAACUAUUGACGUUGUCAGUCCAGAAGCUGGAGUUAUUGAAAAGUUGGUUGCCAAGGAAGGUGAUACAGUCAUACCAGGGACUAAGAUUGCUUUCAUCUCAAAAUCUGAUCCAAGUGAUACACAUGUCACUCCGUCAGAUGUCAGUCCAUCAGAGAAGCCAGAUCAAGAUACCCCAAAAUCUGAUGCAAAGAAAUCAGACAAAGCAAAGCCUAAUGCUGAAGAGAAAAUAAAAGAAAAGCCUGCUAUGGUAGCUGAAAUCAAAGAAAGGCCUUCUGGAGUAGCUGAAAUCAAAGAAAAGCCUAAAAUAGCUUCUUCUCCUCCUAAACUGUCUGCUGCUGAACCCCCACCUCCUCCCACCGAGCGGGGGGAAGAGGAAAACGACCCACAACUUCCUCCCAAGGAGAGGGAAAGACGAGUUCCUAUGCCCAGAAUCAGGAAGAGAGUUGCGACGCGGUUGAAGGAUUCCCAAAACACAUAUGCAAUGCUUACUACAUUUAAUGAAGUUGACAUGACAAACUUGAUGAAACUUCGUUCUGAUUAUAAAGAUGCAUUUGUGGACAAGCAUGGCACAAAGUUAGGACUCAUGUCAGGUUUUGUUAAAGCUGCAGUUAGUGGACUGCAACACCUGCCAGUUGUUAAUGCUGUCAUCGAUGGCGAGGAUAUUAUCUACAGAGACUACAUUGAUAUUAGUAUCGCUGUUGGCACACCCAAGGGCCUUGUGGUACCGGUUAUUCGAGAUGCGGAUAAGAUGAAUUUUGCCGAGAUAGAAAAAAACAUCAACACUCUGGCUAAGCGGGCAAGCGAAGGCACAAUAUCAAUUGAUGAAAUGGCUGGAGGCACUUUCACAAUAUCAAAUGGUGGCGUUUAUGGAAGCCUUUUGAGCACACCAAUCAUCAACCCUCCACAGUCGGCUAUUCUGGGAAUGCAUUCGAUUGUUUCUAGACCUAUGGUCGUCGACGGUACUAUUCUUCCGAGGCCUAUGAUGUACAUUGCUCUGACCUACGAUCACCGGCUAAUUGAUGGAAGAGAGGCCGUCUACUUCCUGCGACGGAUCAAGGAUGUUGUUGAAGAUCCUCGCCGUCUACUCCUCGACUUAUAGACUGUGGGCAAGUUAACAAUGCCCAUGAGUUCCUAUCUUUUGGUUCAUCAAGACUAAAUAAUUCACCUCCAAAACUAAAUUUUGGUGCUAUUUCGUAAACGUUGUUAUGUAUGAUUGGUGCAGCUGUUGUGAGGUGAAAUUUAGGAGCAGCAGCCAUCACGAUUCUGGUGAGUUUUUCCUAUUUGAGUCCUAAUUUUAUUUAUUUAUAGCUCCCUAUUUGGCGAACUAUUGAAGUUUUUGAUCUGUAUACUUUGAUCUUAUUGUUUAAAUGAAUGCUGAUGGUUUCUUC